CGUUCUAGCCAAGGGUGGAGAUUAAGUGACUCUGGUGACUCAGGGUUUUGAAAGCAACAGUUGGUCCUAGGACAGCAAGACCCCAAGCGGGAUCAAGACCCUGAAGAAGACUCAGGUCUGAGUCCGAGUGUUAUGUGCACCCCUCGCUGGGAACUGGAUCGGCAAGGGAUAUAACCAAUCAACCGCAACAUGACAUCCAGAAGUGAUUAUGACAAAGACCUGGAAGGGGCUCUUGAUAUUGGAGAAUACAACGAUAAUGAUGAGAGCUUCCAGCCUGAAGAUGAUGCUCAGGAUUCGGGAAAUCCUUCACCUCUUUUCCCCCCUGUGGCGCCAUCCUAUAUUGCACCCCAAAGAGGACUGCCCGAGCUGUACGUAGAGCUGCAGGAGUUAAUAAUGGACACCAACAAGGAACAUCGUUGGGUGGAGGCUGCACGAUGGUUGAAAGCCGAGGAAGAUUACCAAGAGAAAAACCAGCAGUGGGGAAAUCCUCACAUCUCCUACCUCACCUUCCGCAGCCUCUCUGAGCUACGUCGGGUCUUCAAGAAAGGUACGGUACUUCUGGACCUUGAAGAAAAGACUCUCCCUGGAAUCGCCAGCCAAGUUAUCGAUCAGCUGAUUUACGAAGAACAUUUAAAACCUGAUAACCGGGAAGAGGUCCUACGAGCCCUUCUCCUGCAACACACCCAUCCUGAAGAAGGGCUUAAAGGAGACGUUGAGAGUAAGCAACCAUUACUUCAGAUUGAGAUGAAAACUGUUACUGCUAAGGGAAAUGCGUUGGCAGACAGAGUGCCAGAAGGUGCAGAAGCCUCUGUAGUCCUUGUGGGUGGUGCUAGAUUCUUAGAGAGUCCAACUGUGGCAUUUGUACGCCUGAAGGAAGCUGUGCGCCUGGAGUCCGUCCUUGAAGUUUCUAUACCUAUCAGGUUCCUCUUCAUCCUUCUGGGACCUGAGCACCCCAAUAUUAGUUACCAGGAUGUGGGGAAAGCUGUAUCUAGCAUGAUGGCAGAGAGGGUCUUCCGUACUGACAUGUACCUUGCUGGUGGACGUCAAGAUCUUGUUCGUUCUAUUGAAGAGUUCUUGGAUUGUUGCAUAGUUAUUCCCCCUACGGACUCUCCUAACGAGCAGCUACUCAAGGAACUGGUGCCAUUGCAAACGAACAUGCUCAGGAAGCGAUACCAAGAUAUUAAAGUGGUACCAGGUGGACACAAGCAAGAUUUAAAGAACAAAGAGGAGCCUCCAGAAGACCCUUUGAAACGAACUGGCAAGCCUUUUGGAGGUCUCGUACGUGACAUUCGUCGUCGAUACCCAAAAUACCUAAGCGAUAUCCGUGAUGCACUUAAUCCCCAGUGUCUAGCUGCUUUCAUAUUUAUCUACUUUGCUGCCCUCUCACCCGCCAUUACAUUUGGAGGUUUAAUGGCUCAAAAGACCCAGAACUGGAUGGGUGUGUCUGAAUUAAUGGUGUCCACAGCCGCCCAGGGAAUUCUCUUUUGUCUUCUUGGUGCCCAACCUCUUCUCAUUCUCGGGUUUUCUGGACCUCUACUUGUUUUUGAAGAAGCUUUUUUCAAGUUCUGUGAAAGUCAAGGCAUUGAGUACAUCGUGGGGCGAGUGUGGAUCGGCUAUUGGCUAAUCUUGAUUGUGAUAAUAGUGGUGGCCUUUGAAGGCAGCUUUUUGGUCCGCUUCAUUUCAAGGUUCACGCAGGAGAUCUUCUCAUUCCUUAUCUCACUCAUCUUUAUCUAUGAGACCUUUGCCAACCUCUACAAGAUCUUCAAGGCCCAUCCUUUACAGUCGAACUACAAUGGAACGCAUCUGGACCCCAAUGCUGUCCCUCAGCCGAACACUGCUUUGCUGUCUUUGGUACUGAUGUCUGGGGCCUUCUUUAUUGCUUUCUUUCUCCGUCAAUUCAAAAACAGCAGCUACUUCCCAGGGAAGUUACGUCGUAUUAUUGGUGAUUUUGGAGUUCCCAUUGCAAUUCUCAUUAUGGUCGGGGUUGAUUUUUCCAUUAAGGACACUUACACAAAGAAACUCAGCCUACCCAAAGGUCUCAGUGUCUCCUUACCCAGUAAUCGCAGCUGGUUUAUCCCACCAAUGGGGCUAAGCACACCCUUCCCCAUUUGGAUGAUGUUUGCUUCUGUAGUGCCAGCCCUUCUUGUCUUCAUCCUGAUCUUCAUGGAGUCUCAGAUCACAACGCUCAUUGUCAGCAAACCAGAAAGGAAAACCGUGAAGGGCUCAGGAUUCCACUUGGAUCUGCUGUUGAUCGUGGGCAUGGGAGGUGUCUGUGCCUUCUUUGGGAUGCCCUGGCUCAGUGCCACCACGGUGCGUACAGUCAGCCACGCCAAUGCAUUGACCAUCAUGAGCAAGGGAGACAAGCCUCAAAUAGAGAGAGUCAUCGAACAGAGGAUCAGUGCACUUCUAGUGUCACUUCUUGUCGGUCUUUCUAUCUUGAUGGAGCCCGUCCUUACUCUCAUUCCAUUGGCUGUCCUAUUUGGUAUAUUCCUUUAUAUGGGGGUGACUUCCCUGAAUGGUAUACAGCUUUAUGACCGCAUACUUCUAACCCUUAAACCACCCAAAUAUCACCCCAAGGAGAUCUAUGUGACUCGGGUUAAGACGCUGCGCAUGCACUUGUUUACGUUGUCCCAAGUACUGUGCUUGGCAGUGCUAUGUGUGGUCAUCUUCACCCCAGCUUCACUGGCCCUGCCCUUCGUCCUCAUUCUUACUGUGCCACUACGAAGGUUCCUACUGCCAUGUAUCUUCAACAAACUAGAGCUCACUUGUCUGGACGGGGACAAUCCUACAGUGAGUCUUGAUGAAGAUACAGGAAAGGAUGAAUAUGAUGAAGUUCAGAUGCCAGUAUAAAGGAAAAAAAACCUAUGGAUCCUUUUAGACAUCACACGUGAAGUCUAUUCCUUGGUAUGGUGGAAGCCAUCUUGAAAGUAUUUGACAAAUACUUUGAGGUGCACCUUGUCCACACCUACAAUGUUCCAGAACAUUCCCAGAACCUCCAUUGGAUUAUAAACUGCGUGCAUUUUUAAUUUUAUAACCUAUUUUGUAACUUAGUGACCUGUUUCAUUUUCUCCAUUUUAUAUUUUCUGCAUACAAAAACAGGUUACCAAAUAUUUUUUUUUAUAUUAGAUGGGGAAAAAAAAUCAUGUGAGAUUUUUAAAAUUAAGAGAAUCCAGGAAUAUAUUUGCAUAUGAGUGAUCCUAGAUUAUUAAAUAUUUAACAUUUAACAAUGCUUCAAACAAAUCUCAUAAUGUUCAUCUUAAAGGAACAUUCAUAUCUUCAUAACAACUUCAUCUUAAUCUUAUCGUUAGGAGUUAAACUGUUUUCCAAUGGUUUAACCUCCGUAGUUGGUCCCCCGGUGUUCGACAGCCUCGUCUUUAACUUUUUCAGUCCAGGAAAGCCAACCUUGGCCUAUCGCCAUCUGGCUAGGCAAGUCUUCCUGGACAAGACGAAACCAGGAGGAAGGAAGAGAGGAACCGGCGCAGUCAAGCACGGGGAUGACCAACUUCAUAAUUAAACCGUUGAAAAACUGUGUAAACCCUGAAGGUAAGAAGGUACUCAGACACUCCUUGAGAUGAAAUUGUAAUGCGGGUCGAAGUUUUCCUUUAAUACCAUUUCUCUUUUUUUUUUUUUUCCUAUUUUAAUAAUGCUAUGCGCUUUGCUCUAACCAUUCCUUUGUAAAUAUGCUUAAAAAUUAAUAUAUGUGAUCAGAAAUAUAAUAUAUUUUACAAAACACUCGGGAAAAAAAGUGGAAAAAGUAUUUACAUAAAUAUCUGAACUUUAUUUAAUAGAAUUACAAGCUACUUUAAUAGGGUAUUUAAUGCAUUGAAAGCAUUUCAUCUAAGUUGUAGAUUGAAAUGCAUUUGAACCCCUGAGAUAUUUAGGCAAUAAGAGUUUUUAAAGAUAUUUUUUUGUUGUUGGAAAUAAAUGAAUUAUUUGUAUUUUUUAAUAAGAGUUUUAAUGGCAACGUUAAUGUAAUGCUUUGCUAUAAAGAAAGUUUUUUACUGUGACACGAUGGAACAUUUUAUACAAAGAAUAAAAUCCCUUUUUAAAAUGUGCAUAA